CCUCCAUUGAGAAGGUUUGGAAGCUUCUCUAAUUAAUGAGACUCGGUUUGCAACAAACGUCUUGAAUCUUGUGGAGUCGUUCUCGAUAUAUCUCAGCACUGUGGUGCUAUCAGCCCAAAAAUUUGACUCCUCAAGAUCGAUUUGAAGCUCCUCUCUCAGCAUCCUAUCCAUUUUGACUGCGAUGGUGGCUGCUGUCAAUUCCAUUCUUGGAAUAGUAACCUGCUUGAGUGGUGCCACUCUGGACUUUCCCAUCAUGAACAUGCAGCUCCGUUGAUCGUGAUCAUUUGUCAACAAGAGGUAUGUGACAGUCCCGUAUCCGUUCUUGCUAGCAUCUGCAAAGUGAUGCAAUUGAAAGGUCUUGACAUGCCCGAACCCUGCAGGUUUAAUACAUCUACUCACACUGAAGUUUGCAAGUUUAUGCAAAUCUUCCAGCCAGGACAGCCACCUCUUAGCCUUUUUCUCUACAAAAUCCUCAUCCCAUGCUAUUUUCUCUCUAUACAGGUCCCCCAGAAUGAGCAUUGCCGGUUGCACAAAUGAUGCUAGGAACCCAAGAGGAUCGUAAACUGAGCAAACAACUGACAAUAUACCUCUUCUGAAGCACACAUUACUGUAUAUUAGCCCCGAAGAGAAGAUUCUUGGUUGAAGAUGCUGGAGAACAAAUAACAGCAGAUUAAGACUCAAGAUCAAGACUGAACAUUUCUGUUGCAUCAAGAUGUCUUCUGAAAAUGGCAAAAGCGAAGAAGGGGGAAGAAACCCACCUGAUGCCAGUUUAUAUCACAUAGCUAAAGAUUUAUUAGCAUUUUUAAAUGGGUUUGAUUGCUUACGUGAAGCUAAAAAACAGGUUCUAGGGAAAAUGACGAUUAAAACACUGCAUGAACAUUGGAAAGCUGAUGUUAUUGAAGAAGCUUUUAACGUAACAAAAUUAAUGGACAAAAAACACCAAGCACACUGGGCUUUUGUGACAAUGGUGCAGGUGAUGAAAAGUUUAAUUUGUGAUGAAUGUAAACAAUAUCCAGCACAGGAGGAAUCGGGUGUUGCUGGGGGGUGUUAAUAAGCAGCAUUCUGGAGGAAGCCACCAAACAUCUAGCUCUGGGCAAACAGGUGGUGUCAGUCAGAGCUGCACUGGGACACCAAAUACAGUCCGGAGUCAGAGCACUGGGAAUAAUCCCGCUGAUUCCAAUAGACAUGACAGGCCUGCUGGAGCAUUAAUAAAUACACAAAAUAAUAACUGUAGGGAAACCAUCUACAUACGUAUCCCACGCUUUUUAAUGAUUCACAAUGAAGAAAGAGUAGGAGAACAAUUUAGAAACAUCGAAUCUCGCUAUAAAUUAAUAGAUGGAGUUCCUGAAACUGAAAAUAUGUUUAAUGAAAUAAGGAAAAGAAAAUCUUACGUCAUGUCCUUCAACCAUCAAACCAGGAAUGCUAACUGGGUGUAUGAGAUACUGAACAGGGAUACUACACCUGAGAAUCCUGCGGAGGCAUCACCAUUUAGACAAACCUAUCACAGAGGUCAUCUCGCUGCGGCUGCCAAUCACUGGUGGUGUUGGGAAGCCAUUGAUGAUGCUAAUGUGAUCGACAACAAAGUACCACAGCAUAGAACUUUAAACACAGGCCCGUGGAGAACGUUGGAGCGUGACUGUCGAGAAGCAGCCACAGCUCAAAAUAAUAUCCGCAAUGUCCAUGUGUACUCUGGACCACUUUACCUAAGAGAUAUGGUUCCUCGAACGCUGGAAGGGAAACGGCUGCCAAGCCACUUCUUUAAGGUGAUAAUUGAGGAGAAUGAGGAUGGGACAGUAAAUCAGCUGCAAUGCUGUAAGAUGCCCAAUGGGAAUCUCCCUGGGGAAAAUCUAAGUACAGAUAUUUACAGGACCAUUGAAGAGAUUCAGCGAAACUCUGGGCUGACUUUCAUAGAACGCAGACCCAAUGUGGGACAGAAUGCAAUAGCCAGUGAAAUCACAGUGACAUUGCGUGGAGAAGAUGGAAACGUGCAACGUGCUGCUAAUAUACAAGUCACAACAAGUCCAUUAGUUUAGACAAACACACUCCAUGAUAAUGCUUACAUGUCUCUUUCUUUCUUUACAAAACUAAACUUUAUUAUUAUUAUUAUUAUCAUUAUAUACAUAUGACUUGAGCCGUAUAGCACAGAAAAGAAACCAACAAGUGUCCAGCAGAUACAGAAACUUCAAUAUUGUUUAAAAGUCGUCUCAUGUGGAAACAUUAUGACAUUUUUGAGGACUUUCCUGUUAUUCUAAAAUCCUACUUUAAACGUAUUCUAAUAUGUAUUUAAUUACUUUUGAGUGUUUUGUCAUUUGUAAUUUUCUACACAGAACAUUA